AACCCAGAUGCCACCGAUUACAUCCAGCACUGCUCUGUUAUUUGCUUUAAUACACAUCAGUGUGUUCUCUGUGCGCUGUCGUAAAAGGAGGGAGGUGCUCCUGUGUUGAACGCGGUUUAUUUCAGAUCCUGGCGUCUUUAAAUCGCAGUUCAGGCGUGAACCGGGUCGAUCCGGGAAACCUACAGUGAGAGAUUUAAGCCAUAACGAUGUAAACGGACAGCGAUUCGUUUCUCAGAGCUGCUGUUUUGGUAAAAAGGGGCUGAGUCAUAUUACUUCCUGGUUGAAGCACACCGAGGGGCUGGAGUGACUGCGUGGCUAAAAGAGAGAAAAUUGCUGACACGUGGAUUAGCAGUAAUCAGGAAGAGCGAGAAUUACGCGUUGGGCAUCUCAGGCGGCAAAGCGAAACUACCGAAGUGUGUUUCUGCGGUCCAGGACUCGAGAGAGGCUGAGUAGCCAUUCAGAUACGAUGUUACUGCGAUAUAAGAGCGAGCCAGAGACCACUUUAACGCCGUUUUGUCUCCUCGCACUGAAGAACUAAACUCAGCAGAGCUCAGGAAGGAAGGCACAGAAAAGCAAGGGCAACUUCUUUGUUGAAUGGCAAUUCUACAAAAACAUGGCAAGAACUCCAGUCCAGACCUGGCCAGUGUUAAAGACAGUCCGGCGGAUAAUUUCGAAGGAGUUGGACAUCAGAAAAAGUGGCCGGAGUCAAGUCAGAACUGGUCCAGGCCAGUAGCGCGGAUAUGGACAGUGGUGCUGCUGUUGGGAACAUGUCUGCUGUACUGCGCCCGUGUGGCCAUGCCCAUCUGUGCCGUGAGUAUGGCAGAGCGCUUCAGCUGGUCCAAGAGGGAGUCAGGCAUGGUGCUGGGCAGCUUCUUCUGGGGUUACUGCUUCACUCAGGUCCUCGGUGGCUACAUCAGUGACAGGGUGGGAGGAGAAAAAGUGAUGUUGCUCUCUGCUGCGGCAUGGGGAGCCAUGACAGCAUUCACGCCCAUCCUGGCCCACUUCUGCUCGCAGCCCAUCGUCUCCAUGACAGUGUCCCGCUUCCUCAUGGGUCUCCUGCAGGGUGUUCACUACCCGUCUUUGGCUAGUCUGUGCUCCCAGAAAGUGGUGGAGAGUGAGCGUGGUUUCCUCAUGAGCACUGUAGGGAGUGGCUCGUAUCUGGGGACGUUGGUGAUUGGAGGAAUAGGCUCACUCAUGCUGGACCUGUACGGCUGGGAGAGUGUGUUCUACAUCUCGGGCCUCCUGUCGGUGCUCUGGGCCUACUGUAUAUGGAAAUACCUGCUCAAGGGUGAAGGCCCCAUCAUUACACUGGAAUCACUGGGCAGCGCUGGAACUCAGUCCAAAAUGUCGCGCAGGAACUGGCUGCGUCUCUUCAGACAACCAGCCGUGUGUGCGGUCAUUAUUACACACCUGUGCACUGCUAGCACCUUCUUCACCCUGUUGUCGUGGCUGCCGACUUUUUUCAAGGACACCUUCCCUGAUUCCAAGGGUUGGAUAUUUAAUGUGAUCCCGUGGCUUGUGGCUAUUCCCUCCUCGCUGUUCAGUGGCUGUCUGUCCGAUCACCUCAUCAGCCAGGGGUUUGACAUUGCUUCAGUGAGAAAGUUAAUGCAGUUCUUUUCCAUGGGUGUAUCCAGUGUGUUCACGCUAUUACUGUGUGGCACCAGUACGUUCCCCAUAGCUGUGGCCUUUGUGUCUGCUGCUAUGGGCCUGACCACGUUCAGUCACAGCGGCGUAUCCGUUAAUGUUCAGGAUCUUGCCCCAUCCUGUGCUGGCGCUCUGUUUGGUGUGAUGAACACGUGCGGUGCAUUUUCAGGGGUGAUCAUGGUGUAUUUCUCAGGCUAUCUGAUCGAGACCACAGGGUCGUGGGCAUCGGUUUUCGCCCUCGUCACCGUAGUGAACCUCUUGGGAUUAGGAAUGUUCCUGACGUAUGCAGAGGCACGCAGGGUCGACAUCGAAGCCAUGAAGGGACGCUAUCACAACAUACACAUCUGAACAAACAGAAAGGAAAACUGUUGUAAUGGAUGUGUUGUGCAGACUGGGACACUACAGAAUUUUUAAGGAUGGUCUGCACUAUAAUUUCCAUACCUGCUGUCAUGACUUCGGAGGGAUCUGUGGCAGCAUUGGCUUUACCGGUUCGGAACCCAGCUACACCAGUAUUUCAGUAUUAGCUUUUCUUCCAAAGUGUCUUGCACUUAGGAUGGGACAAGUUACUGAGAAUAUGAAGAUUGUUGGCUAUAGUAGUGUAGUCUAUUAUAAAUUAAAGUAAUAUAGUAAAAACUGAAAAUGAUAUCUAAUGACUGCACAUUUUGUUGAGCUUGACAAAACUCAGGCAUCAUCAUCAUUGUGAUCAUUAAUAUUAUUGUCCGUGGAGGUUCCCCCCACCCCCCCAUUGCUCUAGUUUACCAUUUUACUCUAGUUUCAUUUAAUUCAAUGGAUGAAGCCUAAAUGCCAAAUAUUAUCAAAGUUAUUGAGAAUGUUUCAAUUCAUAUCACAUUAUGAAUAUUGCAUGAUGUCCAGCCCCUAAAUCAUUCCCACGUUUCACGACGCACGUCUCAUGCUUUCAUACUUUUGUUCUUUGAUCAAGUACUGUACCAAAGGCUUUACAAGCUGCUUUUGCAAAGUAGUUGAUGUUUCCAGCAAAGUUGAGCACUUUUUUGAUAAGGUAUAAUGUUUCUAGGAAAGAAGUAGCUCUCUUUAGCUUUACAGCACUGUGUGGAUAGAGGGACAGUUCCAGUAGGACAGGAAGUGAUGUUACCGUUAAACCCUUAAGUGACAAAAAGUGCACAGUCUGUUUGGAUGUUUUAAAGAGCAUCCUUUAAGUUUACUGUUAUUGUUAACCAUAAGAGUAAAGAUAAUUUAUAUUUUACAGGUAUUUAUUUGACACUAUCAUCCAAAGUGCUUUAAGUGUAGGCAGAGUACAAUCCAUGUACAGAGCUGAACACUUGUCCCGUGAAGUGUCUUGGUCAAGGAGCCAAUGGUGGAAUUCCGGGAAUUUAAACUCUCAAACUUUUGGCCACUAGCACAGAGCCACCACUUCCCACAGUCACUGUUAAAUGUGCAUUUGAUUGUUGGUAGGAAAGUAAGUCUCCCCAGUAUGGACAAUAUCGAUUUGAAAAAUCUUUAUUGUAAGAACUGUGAAUGUAACUUAGUAUGUAUAUUUAAUAUACAUAUAAUAAUAUAUAAUAUCUGAAGAAUUGUCAAAGGAAUUGCUUCUAUCUACACCAACACCAUUUUUAAAUUGUACAAUUCAAUUGUUGUAGCUUGUUUAUUAUAUACUUUAUAUAUACUACCUAAAUAUAUAGUUAUAUUUUGCCCCCUCUUUCUUUUCAUUUUCAACCAAGUCUGAUCAAGGAAAUUUUCCUGUGAAGCUUUAGUCACCAUAUGUAUCUGUUUUAGGAUGAAAUAUCACGAAGUAGCUUGAAGCUGUUGAUUUGUUCAGUUACUCGAGGUCUGUAGUGAGAUUAUGGCAGCGUUUUCUUUUGUUUUGUUUUUUUUUUUUUCUUCUUUUUUUUUUUCUAGCAUAUGCUCGUCUUAUGUGGAAAAAACACCUUAACAGCAAUUUUGCUUAGUUUCUUGGUCAGAAAGCCUGAAUGAAUGAUUUAAAGAUAUGCUGAAUCUUGCUGCAUCAUGCUUAUCUCACUAAGCUGAUUCCCACCAAGAAUUUUUUUUUUCAGUAUUGUUUAUUGCAGCUGACAAGACUGUGCAGAAAAAACAAACAAACAAAAAAAAACAUGACAUUCACAAAGGAUUUACAAAUGCAGUCUGUUGUUGUUAAUUUCUUAUACAUAGUCCAGAAAUAUGUAUGAGUAAUAAUAAUAAGCUAUACAUACAACUAGUUCAGCUGUUAGUUUCAAAAACCUACUUAAGGUGUAAUUUACUGCCAUGUAAUUUGUCAUGUCUUGUACUGUGUUUUAUAACUGCUUAUGUUAAAUGUUGGCAUUAUGAUUGGAGUUCAAAAUAAUAUUUUACCUGUCACCUGUAAAACACUGAGUACUUUCAUUGUUUAUCACACACGUUAAAUUUGCGGUCAUAUUCUGUGAAAAUAUGAUGGGCCAUACAAUGCUGAUUCAUAUAAUCCUGACUAUUCACAGGCAGUUUUCUGGA